CCUAUCCUCUCUACACGGUGAAGGCAAUGGUCCUGGCAGAGAGUCCUGCUUUCGGAGGGAGACUUUUAACACUGCACUAAAGACUGGGGAGACACUCGUCGCUGAGAGAAUGCACCAGAGCCCUCGGGCACUCGCCGUGGAUUUAAAAACGGGAACUUUUACGAUGGCUCUGAACGCGAAAAAGUAGCACGCGAAGCCGCACGCCAACCCACCGCCGACGGACCGCCUGCUGCAAAGCAACUCCUCGUAGCUGCACGGCCACUGCUGAAAAUUAUGCUCCAGCCGAGCCGCCUCAAACCCCGGCUUCAGUAGCAAACACCCAGCGUUGUAACCCACUUUCGCGAGACAUUCUCCCGGCUUCUGUUUGUUUUUCCUCCCCGCUCCUCACCCGUAAAGUCCCGCUGUUCCAAGUCCUCGACCCACCUGCGAGAGAGAAUUAUGGCAGGGAAGCUGACAGCAGCGCAAGGCACAGGAAUACUGCUGGUGACGGCCAACGUUGGGUCUCUCUUCGAGGACCCCGAAAAUCUACAGAAGACAUGGCUGAGGGAGUUUUACCAGACGGUACAGUCGCACAAGCCGCACUUCUUGGCGGUGCACUGCCAGGAGGUGGGCGGGAAGAACUACGAGGCAUCCAUGUCCCACGUGGACUGUUUUGUCAAAGAGCUGCUGUCCAGUGACGCCAUGAGGGAGUACAGCAGAGCCCGCGUCUACCUCGACGAGAACUACAAGUCCCAGGAGCAUUUCACGGCUCUCGGAAGUUUCUACUUCAUCCACGAGUCUUUGAAAAACAUCCACCAGUUUGAUUUCAAAGCCAAGAAAUUCAAGAAGGUCGUGGGGAAGGAGACCUACUCGGAGACACUAGAGAGCACACCCUCCCUGGAGAAGGAGAAGUUUCCACAGGACUACUUUCCCGAGUGCAAGUGGUCCAGAAAGGGAUUCAUCAGAACUCGAUGGGCCCUGGCUGACUGUGCCUUUGAUCUGGUCAACAUCCACCUUUUCCACGAUGCUUCCAACUUGGUGGCCUGGGAGAAAAGCCCCUCCAUCUACUGUGGGACCAGGCAGAAGGCGCUGGGCUACGCUCUAGACAGGAUCACGGACCAGCGGCACGAGAAGCUGCCAUAUUUCAUCUUUGGGGACUUUAACUUCAGGCUGGACUCGAAGCAGGUCAUUGAGAGUCUCUGCUCCACUGCCACCAUGCAGACAGUCAGAGCCGCCGACACCAAUGAAGUCGACAAACUAAUAUUCCGAGAAAGUGACAAUGACCGAAAGGUUGUUCUUCAACUUGAAAAGAAGCUUUUUAAUUAUGUCAACCAGGACGUUUUCCGGGAAAACAAUGGGACCUCGCUUUUAGAGUACGACAAAGAGCUGUCGGUGUUCAAAGAUCGGCUGCAUGAACUGGAGAUCUCCUUCCCACCCAGUUAUCCGUACAGUGAAGACAGCAGUCAGGGGAAGCAGUACAUGAACACCAGAUGCCCCGCCUGGUGCGACCGAAUCCUCUUGUCUCCCUCUGCCAGAGACCUGGUCUUAAAGCCUGAAAACGAGGAGAAGUCUAUAGUGUAUGAUAACAUCGGGCCCAACGUCUGCAUGGGGGACCACAAGCCCGUCUUCCUGUCCUUCCGAAUAACAGCGGGGGCAGGUAAACCUAAUGCAAAUAAGCACAAGUGUUGUGUGGUGCAGUGAUGUCGUGGGAAGUGUUGCCAAAGGGGGGAGAAGAUAUUCCGUGAAGCGCCUCUGUGAGAGACAGGACACCAACACACACCAACACACACACACACCCAUGCACACACACACACACACACCCAUGCACAAGCGUACACUGAAGAACCUAGGCAAAGUUUUUCGGUAGUGCUGACCAGUUGCAGUUGUCCUGACACCUCAUCCGUAAGAAGACCCCAGCCGGCUUCUCUCUCCAUAAAACACUUGUUGAGAUGUGGACGAGCACCCGAGGGCCCCGGCUCCAGACAAGACACACAUCGCUGACCUCACUGUUGCCAUGCAACCCCAUUCCCCAGAGGAGAAGAAGAAGAAGAAGAAAGAAAGGAGAGAAAAAAAGGACUCUUCUCCAUGCCACAGCCUCAUUGCCAAAACU